UUUGUUGGGGUUCGUGUUGCUUAUUAUUUUAGUUUUCUAUGCUGUGUCAUUUAUACUAUUGUUUGUCUGUUUGGUUUUUGUUUCAUUGUUAGCCAUGGUGUUGUCAGCUUAUUUUCGAUCUAUGGGUUUAACUGUCCCUUCGGUAUCUUUCGUCCUUCUUUUAUCAUAUGAUUUUGCCAUUGGAUUUGGGACUUGUCGUUUUGAAUUUCCUCCGAGUUCAGUAUUUUGUGUAAUUGUACUUUGUAUCUGUAUCAUAGUUAUUUUUAACUUUCAACAAACACACUAUACGUGUAUUUUUAUGGAUAUCUUUGAUAAUACGAUAUUUUGUAUUUACAUAUCGACGUAGUAAAGGGAAAUAUUUCAACGUACCAUGUAGACCAAAGGUACAGGCGGAUGUAUACAAUUUUAUUUUAACUACGAUCCAAGAGAGCAAAUUAUUGAAAAUGUCGGCUGCUGAAUUGGCCAUGAUGUUGAUAGUAUCAGUCCGUAUUUGCCAUGGACAAAACCCAUUGACAUAUACAUUUCCAACUGAUUCGUGUGUCACUGCUCCGUAUCUUGUUGAUGAAAACACCAUGAUUAUCAUGAAGUUUGAAGGUGAUUUUGGCGGUCAGGAAUGUAGAAAAAUGUCAUUCACAACUCCAAAAUCUGCUUUCUACUCAUAUACAAUGUCUAUAAAAGAACUUUACUAUAGUAGCCAAAAUUGUGAAAGUACAGUUUACUUCAAAAGGCGUGGUUCUGACAACAGCUAUGCUUAUAAUAAUCAGAUAUCAGGAGAUGGCUGUCCAGGAAACACAUACAUGUUAUAUGGCAAUUACAGAAUGUUUUACGAAUGUGUAGACCAUGCUAGUCAUGUUGUAUUUGAGCUGACAAAAACGCAGGAAGUAUUUCCAGAUAAAGUAAAUGACACUUUUGAGUUUCAAAUUGAGUCGAAAUGGCACUAUAAUUAUGGCUUGAUUGGUGGUGUCGUUGGGAUGUGUGUCCUCACAGCGGUGGGAACCUAUGUGUGCAUCAACUGUCGCCGACGGAAGCGACUAACAGGGAGAUACUGCUGCGCAUGUCCAACAUACAGAUCCAAAUACUCUAAGUUAAUGAUAGAAGGAUUAGCCCAAGGUUUCUCAGCUGAAUGUGCUGUAGCUGGUAUAUUGUUGUGUUCCUGCGUACUAUGUAGAAGACAAACACGUAAUGGACAAGAGGAAGAACGAUGUGAAAAAGUAAUUAUGGAAACUGAUUACUCCUCGUCUGAUGCAGAGAAUAAAUGGGAAUCCGUGACUGUGACGUGACUCAGCUCCACUUCUUCAGUAUGACAGUUAAAAUGGCUGACAUCUCAAGAUCAAGACAAGAAACAUAAAAUGCUUUCAA